AUGAAUGGUAUGGCAACAGAAAAGCCGAAAUGCAGAAGUUCAUCCGCCUUUCAUCGUCGAAUCGUUAUUCUGCUACUUAUAAACCAGAUGUUUCUUGCUUUUCCGGAAAAUAGAAUCUUCAAAUUACCGCGACUAAUACUUCAUGCAGAUCAGUACUAUUUGGUUAAAAGUAAAGUUGUUGUUAUGUCAUGUCAGAUAGAACCAGGUUGGCGUGGGGCAACAAUGGCCGAUGUACAUUGGAUCAAGGACGGUGUACCUAUCGGCGAACUCGAAAAUGAAAAUAUGCGCAACGAAUUGCUUGUCGAUGGACCUACCUUGAAAAUACAAAAUGGAAAGCAUCAUACCGAAGGGGAUUAUCAGUGUUCGGCUUUAAUACGGGGUGUGCGAUUGUCUAAUGGGAAGCAUGUUGAUACACAUCUUGUGUCCGCACCAGUAAAAUUUCGUCGUGCCAGGAUUACCAAAUUUGAAAAAGUUGCACCAGAGAGUGUAGCUGCACUUCAAGGACAGAUUGCUCGUUUACCGUGCUCUGGAAUGCCUGAUGUGGUUCCUGGCCCUCCGGAGAUAACAUUCGAGAAAGAAGGCUACGACGGACUCCUGGGAAUACCGGGCGAUGAAAGAUAUCUCUCGACAUCAUCCGGUAUACAAAUACCUUUGUCAAAGUUGUCAGAUUCAGGCAAUUAUUAUUGUGUCGUCCGUAACACUUUUACCAACCAAACCCGAAAAUCACCACAUUUUGUUAAAUUAGAGGUACUGACAAAAAGGUACAGUAGUAUUGAACCUGCACUUGUUUAUCCUGUAACAUCAUCCUCAAUCAACGGACCCAUAGUUGUUGAUGUUGUCAAAGGGCAAACAGCGCUUCUGGAGUGCAUCGUUACAUCUACAAAGAUUAUUUGGACAAGACUAUAUCCGGGAGAAACAGCAAUAUCAGUAAGUAGCGAAAAAGCACGAUUGCGUCAAAUUUGGGGCAAUUUACAAAUUCAGCAAGUGAAUGAAGCAGACACUGGUAUUUAUAUUUGCGAAAGUAUGGCGCUGUUUUCUCCUCCUACGGUUAAAUUUCCUAAAGUUUACUACAAUUUACGAGUACAUGCACCAACUGAUGUACAGCUUAUGUUGGGACAACUUGCUACAGAUAAGAGUUGGAAGCUGAGCUGUUUGGCAUUAAAUUUGCAUUAUGAGAUUCCUAUGGUGUAUAUGAAUGGAUUGGCACUGAUUGAUGCAAUGGUUAAGCUCGGUGUUCCACCACAUACUAAUUUUUUUACGAAUCCGAUAAAUGCAACAUUAACUUCUAGUGUUGCAUUGUCAGGCAGUGUACAGUGUAUUUCACGUCCAGCAAUGGAUGAAGCAGAGGUAUACGGAAAUGGCUUGGAACGCGGUCGAGCGAUGAAUUUAUAUGUUGAUAAUCGAAUCAGUCAGCAGGUUAAUUUAAUUUUACAAGGACCAGAAAAUUCUACCAAGAUAGUUGGUGAAACAGCGCAGAUGGUUUGUUUGGUGGUACCACGAACGACGAAGACCAUUUGGACCAAAGAUGGUAAACGUAUGGCAUUAAUUGGAAAAAAACGUAUCCGAUUGGUUGGGACAGCCAGUUUGCAAAUUUCCGAUGUACAACUGGAAGAUGAAGGGUGGUACACUUGUGAAGUGACUGAUAACACAAAUCAUGUGACACGUUCCAGUUCCUAUUUGAAAAUCAUUCCGAAGGAAGUGUUUUUACAAAAUGAGAAAGACAGUGGGAUGAAAAAUCAAGAUAUAAAGAACAUCAUGUCUAAGAACGCUGCUACCCAGUAUCAAGAAAAAGGAGAGGGAAAACUGCAGUCAACAACGAGUGGAUUGAGGGAACCUUUAAUGGAUGUGCCACGAGCAUUCAUUUCCGGAAGAAAUGUGCAAGUGCUUUGGUCACUACCCAAGAAUUAUGCAUUUCCAAACAAAAUUACUUCAUUUCAAAUUGAAUUUCGAGCUGAAAGCAAUAAAAAAUGGAUCAUGGGUGAACUGGUAGACGGGCAUGUACGCGCUGUUACCAUCAAAGCAUUGCUUCCUGGAAAUAGGUACCAAUUUCGGGUUUUAGCGAAAAUGCUGGAUCAGAGUAUUGUACCAACUCAGCCUACGAAUUGGCUGAAGAUUGAGCAGGUGCCCGAAAGUAACGAAAUCAAUGCACAAAUCAAUAUUACCUUCUUUUCUCCAGUUUCGGAUACUGUUCUUCAGCUGCGUUGGAAUUACACUGCUUCGAACUACAUAAAAUCUCCCGAAACUUUUCUCGUUUCAUAUGCUACUGUUUCUGAUAAAAACUAUACCCAUACGAUACGAUUGAACAGUUCAUUUUCGAUGACUAAUUUAAGUAAUUUAUUACCUUCUACGGAAUAUCGAGCCAUUGUUGAAGUUGAAUUUGCUGACAAAACGAGUCAAAGAAGCGAACCAUCUGUGGCACGGACUUUAGAUAGAAGGUCACAAAAUUUGACGGCCAACAGUUCCGCAAGUCUUCUGACACUAUUUAACCACCCUUUCUCAUAUGUGACGUCAAGUUGGAAUACUCAAAGCAUCAUCCUUUUCCUCAUUACCUCAUUUCUUUCAUCAGUCGUUUUCAUCAUUUUUGGCUUACUGUUAUACAGUCUUAAGCAGCGAUAUACAAGAAAAAUUAGUAGAGAUGCUCGUGAUAAAUUCAUGGAUGCAUCUCAUAGAAUAUUCAAUGAACAACGAGUUCAAAAAUCACAUCUUUACUGCAAGGCAACAGUAGCAAUGUCGGCCAUGAGUGAUGUGAAUGAAUUUACUCUCCUGAAGAUGAAGUCUAGUGAAGACCAACCACGCUCUGUUGUAUCUUUGAAAAGUUUCUCAUUCAGUAAAGAUUACGGCAUCAUGCCCAACUUGUAUGGUGAAGAGGAUAACUUUUUGGAGGAGAAAAAUACUCUUACUUCAUUCAAAGACACACCGUGGACUAAUGGAAAAAUAUAUGAAAAUGUCAUCUCAGAAGCUAGUGAUAUUCAGGAGCCAGUACAAAAAGCUUUACGAACCAAUGAUAGCCAUGAAGAAUCUUUUUGGUUAAAAGGAAUCAUGAAUAACGGCCAAAUGAUGCAGCCAAAUGAUGCCCUAGUUAUACCUCUUGGAAUACAAUUGUUAGCACCAAGACGUACGGAAAACAGCACACAGUAUACUGCACUGCCUGCGCUGUCUGGGGCAAAACGAACAGCUGACGUCUCCUUGAGGAACAGUCAGAUAUCUUUCUCGGCAGAUGGUUGUUACUUGCAUACAUUUAAAUCACAAGCCUCAAACCCAUAG